AGGGUUUUCACUAAUCUUAUUAUUUAGUUGAUUUUACUUACAAGUUACAAGGAGUUUGUAGCUAUACCACAUGAGUUCACUUGAUUUCUAGGUUCAAUCGAAUCCUAUGUUAUUAUGAGUAUAUGUACGAGUAAGUUUUCUUUUUCUUCUCCGUAAAUUAUCUGAAUUCGGAAUUGGUGUUGUUAUAACAUUUAAGUCGUGUACACAUUGAACAAUAUUAUCGUCCCACUCAUUUAUUAUCUAACCAUUUUCUUGGCCCUCUACAAUUAUUUUGUAGUAUCUUAUAUAUAUGCCAUAUGCAUCCAUGUGAAGUUUUACCAAAAUACAAAAAUAAUACAGAAAUUACAAAAGAGGAAAACAGAUUAAAAUAAUAAGCACAUGACAUGUGCUUACACACUCCAUGCAAAAAGAAAUAAGAGAGAUCCUUUAAUUCUUCCGCAAACUUCUCUUACACUAACAAAGCAUCACUUUUCCAAAAAUAGAUGCGCCUUUGUCUCCUCUUUUCAUAUCUGAAGAAGCUUCGUCGUCUUCGGAUCUAGCAUUUUCUUUUUUCUUCAUUUUAGGUUUAAUUCUGAUAAAAGGUGCUGACUCGAAGACAUUAUCCAAAGAAAGGGAAGUGUUUUUGGUUGUGUGCAGAAGAGCAUUAAAUGAAGACAAUGUCAGAAAUAUCAGAAGACAACACAAAUGGAGUCAAAUCUUCAAAGGUUAUCGUAAAGGAGAGCUCUCAGGUCAAUUCAUCGUCAAGAAUCUAUUACUACGGCGGAGCCUCCGUGCCGUUUUUAUGGGAGACACGGCCAGGGACACCAAAACACCCUCUUUACUCUGAAUCGUUUCGUCUUCCACCGUUAACGCCACCUCCUUCGUACUACUCCUCCUCCUCCUCCUCCGGGAACAAACAGAGUAAAACGAGAACGAAACAAACUCGAUUCGUGAAGACUCUGUUGUCACGUCACGUGUCGCGUCAUUCGUUUUCCUGGUCGUCUACGUCUUCAUCUUCUUCCUCUUCGUAUUCUUCUUCGUCUCCUCCGUCUAAAACAGAGCAUCGUCCCAAAAAAUGUUACCUUUCUUGCUCGAGAUCUUAUGCUAAGGAAGACGACGAGGAAGAAAUUAGGUCGUCGUCUCCGACGUCGACGUUGUGUACUUAUAAAAGAGGGUUUAGUUCAUCUAUGGGAAGUGUGAAGAGAGCUUUGUGUUCUGUUCUUAGCCAUGGAUCUAGUCGUAAAGAUCUUAGAUUGAUGUAACAGUUUAUUCCAUGUUGUUCUUAUUUCGAUUGUUGUCAUUUAAAAAAAAAUAAUAGGAUCUUGAGUUUUAAGAUCCGUUUUUUUUUUUGUUUUUUGUAUGUUUUGGCUUUCGCCUCUUUGAACACAUAUAUUAGUGUUUGAUUGUGUUCAUUGUUCAAUGCUUAACAAAAAGUUUGUCAUGUUUAGAUUUAUCUUUGGUUGCUC